AUGCUUCUCGAUACUAUCGUCACCGGUCUCUUGAUGGCCGCCAGCGCGGCCGCCAUUCCCAUCGAGAACCCCAUGGAACUCAUCAAGCGCGCCCCGAGCGCAGGAGUCGUGAUCCAAAAGUGCGCCAAGCCGGGCGUUUUCGCCCUCGCCUACGACGAUGGCCCGUACCAGUACACUUCCCAGCUCGUCGACAUCCUGAACAACGGCGGCGCCAAGGCCACUUUCUUCAUGACGGGCACCCUCUACGGCUGCAUCUACAACCAGCGCACCGCCGUCAAGAAGGCCUUCGACUCUGGCCACCAGAUCGCCUCGCACACCUGGACCCACCCGUCCACCUUUGGCAGCUUGACCACGGCGCAGCUCACGACCGAGAUGCAGAAGCUCGAACAGGCGAUGGUCAACAUCAUCGGCAAGAAGCCCGCGUACAUGCGCCCACCGUACCUCGCCACUGGCGGAUCCGUGUUGUCGACGAUGAAGACGCUGGGGUACAAGGUCAUCACUGAUGAUGUUGACUCGGGCGACUGGAACGGGCAGACGCCUGCGCAGAGCGAGGCCAAGUUCACUGCGGCUGGCGCGAGCGGCAACGGACAUAUCCCUCUCAUGCACGAGACCUACGCCACCACGGUGCAGACUUUGACGCCGUGGUUGAUCAACUGGGCGAAGCAGAACAACCUCAAGCUGGUUACUGUUGGUAAGUGA